GAAUACUUUACAUCAAAUCUGUUUUUUUUUUUUUUUUUUUUUUUCGAAUCGGAUUUUUCUCGAUCCAAAAUUUGAUGGUACCCGACUCGGUCACUUUUGAGACGGAUCUACGUCACGGCCUACGUUUACCACAAACAGUCUUGCCAUUUUCAAUUCAGAUAAAGAAAGUUGUACUCGUCAAAUUAAUCAAACCCCCCAAAUUAGACACUUCUACUCUUCCUCCUAACUCCCAAAAAUAAAUGAAAAAUUAAAAGAUUCUUCCUUUUUAUAGAUUCUCUCCUUAAUAUUGCGUAGAAUUUGCCCAAUUUGGAGGGAAAUUAACGUAAUAUUAUAUUUCAUUCUUUAUUCAUUGUAUGAGCUUAAUUAGGCGGUGGCGUAAAUCGUCGACGAAAAUUGCAAUGGCGGAAGAACUCAGAACGGCGGCUGCUGCUACUGCCACCGCAACCGGCGCUGCUACGGCGGCUCAAACGACGGUGGAUUCUAAUGGUCGGAAGAAGUGGACGUGGCCUUCUCUCCUCCGUUGGAUUCCUACCUCUACCGAUCAUAUCAUCGCUUCUGAAAAACGCCUUCUUUCUUUGGUCAAGACACCUUUUGUGGUGGAACAAGUGAAUAUAGGCUCCGGUCCACCUGGUUCUAAGAUUAGGUGGUUUCGAUCUGCAAGUGAUGAACCUAGGUUUAUAAAUACCGUUACCUUUGACAAUAAAGAUGAAAACUCCCCGACAAUUGUUAUGGUUCAUGGAUAUGGUGCUUCACAAGGCUUCUUCUUCCGGAAUUUUGAUGCCUUGGCCCGUCGAUUUAGGGUUAUUGCUAUUGAUCAGCUUGGUUGGGGUGGAUCAAGCAGGCCUGACUUUACUUGCAAAAGCACUGAAGAAACUGAAGAAUGGUUCAUUGAUUCUUUCGAGGCAUGGCGAAAAGCCAAGAAACUUGAUAGUUUCAUUCUUCUUGGCCAUUCUUUUGGGGGUUAUGUUGCUGCUAAAUAUGCUCUUAAGCAUCCUGAGCAUGUUCAGCAUUUGAUUUUGGUAGGAUCAGCAGGAUUUUCUGCGGAAACAGAUAUGUCAGAGCGUUUGACCCAGUUUAGAUCAACGUGGAAAGGAGCUGUCUUGAACCAUCUCUGGGAAUCCAAUUUUACUCCUCAGAAGCUUGUGAGGGGAUUAGGUCCGUGGGGGCCAAAUCUUGUCCAUAAAUAUACAAGUGCUAGGUUUGGUUCAUAUGGAACUGGUGAAUUGUUGAAUGAAGAAGAAUCAAAAUUGUUGACAGAUUAUAUAUACCACACACUAGCAGCCAAAGGUAGUGGAGAGCUGUGCCUUAAAUACAUAUUCUCAUUUGGAGCAUUUGCUCGGAAACCGCUUCUUCACAGUGCAUCAGAAUGGAAAGUGCCAACUACUUUUAUCUAUGGUUAUCAUGAUUGGAUGAGCUACCAAGGGGCUCAAGAAGCCCGUAAGCAUAUGAAAGUCCCCUGUGAAAUCAUUAGGGUUCCGGAGGGUGGGCAUUUUGUUUUCAUAGACAACGCGAGUGGAUUCCAUUCAGCUGUUUUUCAUGCUUGUCGCAGAUUUCUGUCACCAGACCCUGAUAACGAAUCUCUUCCAGAAGGCUUAACUUCUGCUUAAUUUUGAACUGUAUGUUGUAGCUUUAUCUUUUCUGUGUCUUGCUUGUAGUAAUAUACUACCAUGUAAUUUGUUUACCUGUAAAAACUUACUCAUUCAUGGUAGUGAAUUACUACCGUGUAUUUUUUUUUGGCUCUCUUACAGAGUGAUGCUAUAUAGUAUAGAAUACGAACAAUUCUUUCACUACGUUUCAACUUUGGUGGUUCUCUCAUGUAUUUGUGAAUAUUGUUCAAUAAAGCAUGGUUUACUUACCCCUUAUGUUUA